AUGAACGUUGUGGUACAUGUAGCCCGAAUGCUGGGUAUACCGUUUAAAGGUCCUGAGAAAAAUUUCCAAUGGACAGAGGAUUGGCUGAAAGGAACCAAACUGUCAGGCUUGGUAAGGCAGGAGAAGCAUACGAUAACCACGCUAGGUCCGGACUGUAAGGAUGAUGUAGAGCUUUGGUCUUUCACCGCUAGGGUGUUUGCCUCCUUUUUCACACCUGGGGUUGCUGCUGCCCAGCCAUUGUGACAAAUAGAUAAACUGGCAUGUUGGUCAGUUAAACAAGCCAAUAUAACGACCGACAUUUUAGAGCAGCUACUAGUAGAUCAGAAUAGCCUUAGACAUGCUUUGCUUCAAAACCGUGCCACUGUUGACUUCCUGUUGCUUGCUGAGGGCCAUAGGUGUGAAGAUUUUGAGAGUAUGUGUUGCCUUAAUCUGUCAGAUCAUAGUGAGUCAAUUCACAAAAAACUGACAUGGUUGAAGGAACAUACGCAGAAGGUAAAGCAGGAGACGAGCCCCUUUGACGAAUGGCUCCAGCCUCUUGUCAGUGGACUUUUGCCAUGGCUUGUGAGCCUUAUAAAGGAAGGGCUUUACUUGCUAGGAAUAGUUCUCCUUGUACUCUUGAUUAUUAGAAUAGCCUACUCAUGCAUCUUGCACAAUGUGGAGAAAGCAACUCAGGCACACAUUCUGCUGGCCCAAAAACAAAAAGGGAGAAUUGUUGAGGAAUGGCUGAGGGAUAAUGGACACGGAGAUUAUAUGAAGCUGAAGGGACAGCAGAAUGAAGAGAUUACAACAUGCUGA